UAAUCACGUGACGAAAAUGGCUCCAUCCAUGGCGGUGAAAUAACCUUUUUUCGGAGGCAUAUCGUAUAUUAUUACUGUGAUCAAUUGUGAUAAAAUUCUGUAAAAAAAUGCUUGUAUCGCAAUGUUGCAACUAUCGCGUCAAAUAUUUUGCGGAAUUUUGCAGAUUAUUUAGUACGAAAACAGAUAAAGUGAACAACAAUCAACAAAUUCACGAUUUAAUUGGCUCUCCUGAUCCAGUUUCAAAUCUGAGACCCAUUAUAUUUGCUCGCUCUGCGAAAGAAACUUACUUCGAAAAGAAAUAUAUAAAUCUCAGGGAAGAGACUCAACGAUGGCAUCAAGAAUUCUGGAUCAAACAUAAUACUAGUUUUAUCGAGGAACGUAAACAAUUUCAAGAAUUAUUAAGAGCACAAGGGAAGAAAGAAUUAACUGCAGAUGACAUGUCAGUAUUUUAUAAACAAUUUUUAGAUAAAAACUGGCAGUCUCAUUUCAAUUACAAUCUAGCAUGGUAUAAAAGAAAUAUAAAAAUUUUGUUUUAUGGAAUAGCAGCAAAAAUAUCUAAACUUAAAAUUAAAUAAAUUUUUAUAAUUA